ACUUAUAUUUUAUGAGCGCAGCCUUGCUAUAUUCUGUAUUUCAAUUCCCCUCCGAUCCUUCAGUCUACUAUACAUACAGUGUUCACAUAUGGGUGUGUGGUGGUGGUUUGCGGUGGUGAUGCUGGUGGCAUCAGCAUCAGAACCUGCGUUGUCCAACCCACAAAUCAACCAACUAGACAUGGGUUGCAGCACGUACAACGUUAGCGAUGUACCACGUUUCUUCAGGGAAAUCAACGCCAGCUUUGCCGAUCUUGAAAACCAGUUAUCCACCGGCGACGACGGCAAACGCUUUGCCAUCACUCAGCAGCCAGUCUAUACAAUGAUACAGUGUAGAAACUACCUUUCCAAGGCCGACUGUCUCGCCUGUUUCAGUGCUGCCGUGUCCCUAUCCCGAAUGUGCUCCAUCGCCACCGGUGCUCGGGUCAUAUUUGAUGGCUGCUUCCUCAGAUACGAGUCCAAUCUCUUCUACAAUAAGAUUACAGAUGAAGGGAACCAUCCAAUUUGUGGGAAACGAACUGGGAGUAAACAAGAUGCUUUCAAUACUACAGCACAACUACUACUAAACGACCUUGUAGUUGCAACCCCUCGAAUUACUAGCUUUUUCGCUGCAGCGAAGCAGGAGGUCUCCGGUGGCGGUGCCACCGUCUAUGCGGUGGCGCAGUGUAUUCAAACAAUCACCCCAAGCGGCUGUCAGGCAUGUUUGGAAUUAGCUCAGAGUAACAUACAAGGUUGUUUGGGAAAAUCUGCAGCUGCAAGGGCUGUUGACAUUGGCUGCUUCUUGAGAUACUCAGACAAACAUUUUUUUGCCAUUAACCAGACCACUAACCUAGCACCCUUCCUAGUACAAGGAGGGAGUUCAGGGAAGAAGAAAUAUAUUAUUGGGGGUGUUGCCGGUGGUGUAGGAAUCGCUUUGGUAUUAGCAGCCAUUGUCCUUUUGCAUCAACAAUCAAAACAGUCAAAGGCAACAAGAAGAGGCGAUAUUUUGGUGGCAACUCAGUUGAGAGGUCCGGAGAACUACAGAUAUAAAGAUUUGAAAGCUGCAACCAAAAAUUUCAGCGAAGAAAAUAAACUUGGCGAAGGAGGUUUUGGUGAUGUAUACAAGGGCACACUAAAGAACGGGGAUGCGAUUGCGGUUAAGAAACUAGCAAUGGUUUCCAGUACAGCAAAAGCAGACUUCGAUACUGAAGUCCGACUUAUUACAAACGUCCAUCAUCGCAAUCUCAUUCGCCUAUUGGGAUGUUCUGCUAAAGGAGAAGAGCUGCUACUGGUUUAUGAAUACAUGGCAAAUACCAGCCUUGACAGAUACAUAUAUGGUGACAAACAAGGGAUACUGAACUGGAAGCAAAGGGUUGAUAUAAUAUUUGGAACAGCUAGGGGGCUUGCCUAUCUGCAUGACCAGUUCCAUGUAUGCAUCAUACACAGAGACAUUAAAUCCAGCAAUAUAUUACUAGAUGAUGCGUUCCAGCCAAAAAUAGCUGAUUUUGGUUUGGCAAGGCUUUUACCUGAAAGUAAGAGUCAUCUUACCACUAAAUUUGCAGGGACUAUGGGAUAUACAGCGCCCGAAUAUGCAAUUCAUGGUCAUUUAUCAGAGAAAGUUGACAUUUACAGUUUUGGCAUACUCAUCCUAGAGAUCAUUAGUGGGCGAAGGUGCAGUGACAUACGAGUUGAACCUGUAACUGAUGAGUAUCUGCUUGAACAGGCAUGGAAACUGUACGAGAAUGAGGACUAUCUAGGACUGGUGGAUAAAAAUUUAGACCCGAAUGAGUGUAAUGCAGAGGAAGUGAAGAGAAUGUUGGAGAUUGCAUUGGUGUGCACCCAAUCACCCCCGAAUCUUAGGCCAAACAUGUCAGAAGUGGUGAUCAUGCUUUCAACUCAUCUUCCGAUCAUUCAAAAACCCACCAAACAGGUCAACAACGACGAUCAGUGACGUCGAUAAGCCACUACAGCUUCAUCGACUCCUCAUGCCACCGCUUCAUUUUAUAUAUGCUUUCUCAGGCCGCUAGGCUUUUUGUGAAAUCUGUUUUUUGUUUUUAAAUUUAUCUCGUUCGAGAAGGUGUUGGGAUACAAGUUUGCAAAUGUAUGUUUGAAGAAUUAUACAGUAAUAAGGUACUUAAGUUUUCAAAGGUGGCUAUAAAAACUUAAAUAAUAUUUUGAAAAGAAGUUCAAAUUAA